AUGUCAACCGAAAACGACAAAGUGAUACCCUUCGAGUCUCUCCCGCUGGAUCCCAAUGGCCCGCGUGGGAAUGCCUGGGGUCGAUUCGGACCAAACGACGAGCUUGGUACCUUGAACUUGCUUACUCCAGAGGUGAUCGUCGAGGCGGCGAAAGAGAUUCGGACUGGAAUUCGGAUAUCACUUGACUGGCCGCUUAGCAUGCCAAGCUAUCCUAGCUUCGACCGCAAUCCAUUCGAGCAGAAGCUGGUUCUGCGGAAUCCGAACUGCAUUUAUGAUGAUAUUUUGACGUUUAAUAGUCAGGGUUCGACACAGUGGGAUGGGUUCAGACACUAUGCCGUUGCCGAACAUGGCGGCAUGACAGGCCGUGGUGUUCUACUUGAUUUCGCGGAUUGGGCCGGAUCCAAUGCAGUCUCCAUCUCGGCUCUCGAGUCACAGGCCAUCACCCUCGAGAGUCUCAAACAAGUGGUCAAGGAUCAUAAACUCAAGUUCUGCAAGGGCGAUAUCCUAUUCAUCCGUAGCGGUUUCACCGCAGCAUACAAUAAAUUGAACGAUCAACAGCGGCGAGAUCUCCCGAAUCGACCAACGCCGGACUUUAUUGGCGUGGAAGCGACCGAGGGUAUGGUGCGAUGGUUAUGGGAUCACCAAUUUGCCGCGGUGGCUGGCGAUGCACCUAGUUUCGAACGCGCUCCAAUCCGUGGCAGUCAUGCAGAUCCGAAUUUCAAUCUGCACGAAUGGGUGUUGGCAGGAUGGGGGACGCCCAUUGGGGAGAUGUUUGACCUGGAGAAGCUCUCCCAGCACUGUAAGGCUACUGGGAGAUAUAGUUUUUUCUUGUCCAGUAUGCCACUCAAGGUGGUUGGAGGAGUGGCAAGUCCACCUAAUGCGUUUGCUAUUUUCUAG